AUUUAUAUAAAUAUAUUUUCUAAACAAUUUCUAAGAUAUGAGUGUUUUAAAAAUUUUAACAGCAUAAUAAGUAUAUAUUUUGAUAAAAAUAUAUUUGACAUAUAUAAAUAUUUGAUGUUUAAAUUAACUAUUUGAAAACAAAAAUAAUAAUUUAGUAUACUUGUUUUAGAUUAAUAAGACAUAAACUAAUAAAUAUUGAUAAGAAAAUUAUGUCCGCAUAUGCGGGCAAAACAGCUAGUAAACAAUUAAACAUUAAUUAUCGUUGACAAAAAAAAACAUCAAUCAUCAAAUCAAGUAAGGUUUUGGUUCAAACUAUUAAGUCAUUUCUUCUGAUUGAUUCUGGUCGGUCUGCAUUAGGGCAUCUCCAACCCAUAAUAUCAUUUUAGUGUCAAAAAGUUUUUUCAUCUCCAACCACAACACCAAAAUUUUAUUUUUGAUUUUUAUACUAUUUAGUUAGAAAUUUUAUUAUUACUUGAUAUAUAUAUAUAUAUAUAUAUAAAAUUAUUAUGUAAUUAUAUUGCACAAAAAUGUAUAACACUAAAAUAUUUGUUUUAAAAUAAAUUAUUAUUAUUUUUAAAUAUAAUAAUAUUAAAAUAACAAACUAAAAUAAACUAUUUCAAUAUCUGUAAUUAUUUAAUUAUUAUAUAACUAUUUAUCUAUUUUAUAUGUGUUUAUCUUGCCACUAAUAUUUAUUUAAUUAAUGUUUUAUUAAUAAAAGUAAGUAAACAAUGUUUGGCGUUGUGAAUAGUAACGCACCAAAUUUGGUACGGUUCUGUAGUUUUGUACUAAAAUGAUAUAAUUUUUUGCAGUUGAAUUGGAGAGGUUUUGAUGUAGAAAUUACACUAAAAUAAUGUUUUUGAGUUGGGUUGGAGAUGACAUUAUAUGGUAUAAACUUGAUGUCUUAGAUUUGGAGGGUAAAAUUAGAAAAGUUUUUUAUUUAAGAGGAAUGAUUCACAAUUUUAAAUUGGCUAGUCAACCAUUGGACUAAGCCCAUGAGUCAUGACAAUGACGGUCGUCAAGUCCGCCGUAUUUACUUGCAGAGUGAAGCUUGAUAAUGUAUAAACAUAAAAAAAUGGCUCCUCCAAUUGGGGAUGUGGUAUUGAAUACAAGAAUUUAAUUGAUCAUAGAAGAAUUCAAUUGAAGAUAUAAACAAUAGCUUUCAAAGUAUUUUAAAAGAUUUGAUAAAAAAUUUAACGCAUUUGUCUAAUUCUGUUGUUCUGGAUUUUAAGAGAAUCUAAAUAAAUUUGAUAGAUAUUAAUUCCUUUAAAUGCUAUGAACUUUUACACAAAGAAAAAAAUUGAAUAAAAAUUUGACUAGUGAAAGUAACAAAAACUUAAAUCAUUUUAUUUCAUAUAAUUAAAGAAAAUCAUUUGAGAAAAAAACUUGAUUAAUGAAAAUCAAUGUUCAAGAAAUUGUUAGGCGAUAAAUAAGUGCUUUAUAAAAUAUUAUUGAUUAAUCGGGCACCUAUAACUUGUAUGUGCUUGAUAAUGCGUUUAGAACAAUUUUUAAAACACUUAAUAAUAGUAAUUUAAUUAAUUAUAAGGCAGUUUUAUAGGAAUAUAAAUUACGACAAAUAAUAUAUUUAUAUCUUUGUCAAGAAGAUAACAUAUUUUAAAAUUUAUAAUGAAAAUUACAAUUUCAAAUCUCGUAUAUUAUAAUGAUCAAUAAAAAUUUUGACUUAUAUAUCUGAUAGAUAAGCGAUAUAAAACUUAUCUUAAAAUCCCAACCCAAAGACAAAGAAUUGUUUCUAUACAUUUUUAGUAAAUUUUACAUUAAAUUCCUUUCAAAUAAAAUUAUCACAAAAUCCACCAAAAAUUAAAUAACACAAAUAUUUAAUGGAAUUAGGAAACCACUAAAUUGAAUAACACUAGAAUUUAAAAGAUUUCAGAAGAAUGAUUACAAAUACUUAAUCUAAUAACAUAAAAGUUUAAAAUAAUAAAAGUUUAAACAGAAACUCUAAUUCCUUCAAAUUCAAUUGAAUUUCUAAAUCCAAGAAUAAUGAGAUUUGGACCAAUCUAAUGACAUGAAAAACAAACGGAAGAAGAUAUGAAUAGAGCCCGAGAAUAAUAUCUUUGGCACACAAACCCUAUAAUAAAAAAUGAGUUAAAUUAGUACAAACUAAACUAAAUAUGAUGAACCAAAAUCACAAUUAAGAAAAUAAAUUCAUUAAACUACUCUUAAACAUACACAUACAAUGGAACAAAUAGCAGAAACAACACAUUAUUUUUAACACACACAAACUAGAAAUUCACACAUCAUCGUUUAACAACGUUGUUGACAAGAAUGAAAAUAACUUCUUUUCCCAUGGAAUUCUACAUAUUGGAUCACCUUUGCGAAUAAAGAGAAACCAUUGAUGACAAAUAGUAAAGCCGUAGAGGUUUACAAGGAUGCAUUGAAGAUAUUGAAUUACUCAAUACAAAUUUGGUUGGGAUAUUGUGGUUAUGCUGUCCAAAGAUCAUUUGAUCACGUAUCUAUCCCAAUAUAUUAUUUGAUCAUCAAUCAAUCAGAAAGUACCCGUUUAAUUAUCACCACCCCCUCCAAGUACAUCCAUAUUGAACUUGUGUUUUCUUAUUUGACUGCAGCUUUUGUGCUUUAUUUAUUCAUUUCAAUAUAGGAAUGUUUUUUCUUAUCCCAAUCAUCCAUAACAUAGGAAUGUUUUUUUUUCUGUUUUUUUUGUACACAUUCAUACAUUUUCUUGCUUAUUUAUCCAUUUCAAUAUACAUAAAUCAUCUUCUCUUUGAAUACCCUCCAGCACUCUAGACAUGGGCUUUAUCGGAUCUACCAUCGAGGGACAAUUCCCGAGUACAUCAGUUUAUGAAAAUUUUGAUUUUUUUUGUUCAGAGCCCCAACAAAAAGUAUAUUGAUGCAACGACUAGCUAAAUUCUCAUGGAUCAUGUGGUUCUUAUGGAAAGCAAAGAAUGCCAAACUUUUGAAUGAAGUUUAGGUAUCACCUAUGGACUCACUUCAAAAGGCUACUCAAGAAUGCGAGGAGUGCGAGUGGCUGGUGGCGCAACAAGUGAUGACGAUAGAAAAUGCAAAGGAGCGAUCACAUUCAGAUGACCAGGAGGAGAUGAAUAGGUUGCAUAAAUCCAGAUGUCAAGUGGAUGCAUCUUGGGCAACCAACCAGUCUACUUUUGGAGGUGGUUUCGUUAUGGAGCUGGAAGACGGGUCUAUGAUUUCUGGUUCUCUGGGGGUAAACAAGUCCUCACUCCCCUGCAUGUGGAGAUGAAUUCACUACUUUUGGCUAUGUGAACUUCUCUCCAUAUGAGGCAUGAUACUAUGCAUUUCGAGUCGGACUGCUUGCAAAUGGUAAAGCUGUUCGAAGAAGAAGAUUUUUGGCCAUCUUCGGCUUCAUAGAAUGGGAAGAUUUUUCCAUAUCCGUUCUUUGUUUAUGCUAUUUACUCUGUCUUUUAUUUCUCGUGAUUUUAAUGUUAGAACCGAUUUCCUUGUGAAAGGAGCUCGUGCGAAAGCUUUUGAAUUUUGCCAUGUAAACAAUGUGGUUCCUCUGGGUUAGCUUUUCAGCCUAAUCCAUUUGAACCGGUUGAAUAAAGUACGGUGUUUGCAGUAAAAAAAGGGUAGAUGAAUAUAUGUAUUGGAUGUAUUGAGUUUACAAAACCCCUGAAGGAGGCUUCUUAGCUGCAAUUGAUGUCACUUGGCUAGUAGGCAAUAACGUCCGUACCUGUUUUCAAGCCGUCUAGUAGCACAAGGAUACCUAUAAAAUAUGUUUACUCUUAAGUCUUGUUUUUUCAACCAACUUUUUAUAUGUAUGAUUAUCAUGAGUACCAUUACCAUAGCGUAUUCAUGUUUUUUUGUGUGCAAAUUAUACGUUCAGUUUAGACUACGUAAUUUCCGGUUUAAUUAAUAGAACUUUUCAAAAUAUGGUAGAGGAGAUUUCAAGAAAACAUCUAGAAGUCGCCAUAUGCACAUUUAACAUUAGGUAAAUUUUCUUAAAACAGUUAUAAAAUUCUAAAUAAAUGAUUUUGGAGAUCUUUUUAAUCCUGUCGAUUGAUUUGAUUUAUUUUAUGGUUGAAAUUUAGUUAUGAUAUUUCAAAAAGUUACAAAAGAUAUAAGCCCUGUUCGUUUGGUUGCCUCAGGUUUCGGCGUCAGCGGCAGCGGCAGCGGCAGCGGCGGCGGCAGCGUCAAUGAGGACAGUUGUUGUUCGUUUCGCAGACGCUGCCGCUGCCGCAUAUCAUAUCGCGACCGCAGGUUUUAUCGGCGUCAGUCGCAGGACGCAGCGUUCGGACGCUGCCGCUGCCGCCGGUUCCUGCGUCAACGAAACGAACAAGAGUUGACGCAGAAUGUUGACACUGCCGCUGCCGCCGGUACCUGCGGCAACCAAACGAACAGCCCUAUAAUUGAGCGUGAAUCUCUCUCAGGUUGAUUUUUUUUUAUUUCUCUUUGUUGAGAGUGAAUUUGUUUGAUAUUUUAUAUUGGUAGCCGUUACUCGUCCGUAACUUCUCAAGGAUAACACAAAUCUCUAAUUUCUCUACUCCUAGAUAUUUACAUUCUUGUUCUCCAGUAAAUAAUGUUUCUCUAUUCUCCUGUUGAAUCUCCGUUUGGUCUUAUAAUUUAAGAAAAAUAUGUAAUUAUUAGCAACUCCUCGGAUUUGGUGGAUUGUCGUCGUUAGUUACGGUUUCGUCCAUAUAUUUUUAUUCAGAAAUAAUGGCAGAAUCUAAGCAUUUGAUUCGAUCUAAGUCUGAUAUCAGCGCCCAAGUUACUCCUCCUACUUGUGCAAUUGACUCUCAAGAAUGCAGAAGAAUAAGUGGUCCUACCAGAAGAUCAACUAAAGGAGGAUGGACCCCAGAGCAGGACAAACUCUUGAUGAAUGGUGUGUGGAGGUACAAAGGAAAGAAUUGGAAAAAGAUUGCUGAGUGUGUUCCCGGGAGAAAAGACAAGAGGAAGACUGAUGUCCAGUGUCAACACCGUUGGCUAAAAGUUCUUAAUCCUAACCUCAACAAAGGACCUUGGAGAAAAGAGGAAGAUAAUCUCUUGAGUGAAUUGGUUAAUGUCUUUAUUGAGAAUGAUAAGCCUAAAUGGUCCAAAAUAUCCAAGCAACUCCCUGGUCGCAUUGGCAAGCAAUGUCGUGAAAGGUGGCAUAAUCAUCUAAAUCCGACUAUCAAAAAGACUCCGUGGACUAGAGAAGAGGAACUGAUUCUGGUUCAGGCACAAAGAGAUCAAGGCAAUAAGUGGGCCGAGAUUGCCAAGCUCUUGCCUGGAAGGACAGAGAAUAAUAUCAAGAACCACUGGAAUUGCUCACUUAAGAGGAUAUCGGAACACCUUGUUACUAGUAGCCCCUUGUCUGGUCAUGGACCUUGUGGUUCUGAGUCUAGCUUUGUCAAUAAAAGCAACAUGAUGGAAAUCGAGAAAGCUGCCAAGAGUCCUCAAAGGUAUUCACUGGAAUUAACUCUAGAGCCCAUGAAUUGGAGGAACACGUCUUCAUCCAUAAACUCUCUUAAAGGGGAUGAAGAAUCAACAAUCUCAUCAUCGCUAGAAUCUGAUUGGUUAAGACGCAAUAGCAAGGUUGAAAUAUCAAUAACACCUUCUUCAGAUGACCAUCACCACAAGAAUGUAUGGUUAACUCCACAAUUAACAACUCCGUCUUGUGUAAAAGUUCCAUUGAGUCCGGAAACCCCACAGAGCAGCAGCGCUGGACAAGAAGUGAGGGAGAUCAUAGGGAGAUGGAAAAUGGCUGCGAGUACUUUCGAGAACACACCUUCCAUUAUCUCCAGAACACGGCGCAAACCAGAAAACGACUCUCCAUUUCAUAGAUGUCCUCGGACUCUCCUGUCAAGUGAGGAAGAACAUUCAGUUUCAAAUUCUUCUUCUACCAGCCCCUUACUCAUGAAACGCAACAACACUUGUUCAAGUUUAAAACCCUUGGAGAGGCGCUUGGAGUUUGAUUUUAUUUGACAAGUGAACAUACCUUUUUAAAGGUUUCAUACUUGGAAUCAUCAAAGUUUAAGAACUCUGCAGUUUGUUUAAUUCUCUUCAUGUAUUUUUUUUUUUAUAUAUAUUUGUUGGAGCAAUUUUUCUUCAUGUACAUAUUUGAUGUCUAGUCUAGUUUUCUUAUCCACCAUACUUUAGGAUCCGACGUUUAGUUUCCUUUAAAUCCGUUUCAUAGUUUGUGAAAACGUGUUUUUUUCACACUAGUACAAGAAAAAUAAUACAAUGAAAAAUCCUAGCAUAUUUAUCAUAAUGUUAUCUUUUCAUGAUAAAAACUAUUACUAUCCGAUAAUAAUAAUAAUAAUAUCACAAAAUAUUUAUAAGGAAAGACCGUAGCUUAUUUCCUUCUUGAUAAUGUAAUUUCUCAUCACUUUCCUAAACCCUAAUCCUAAGCUAACUGAAAAAAAAGGAAAAACCAUAUCUCUAUAACACACAAGUUCCUUCAUUCCUUGCGCAACAAAAAAAAAACAAGUGUAUUUUUUAAAAUUGAAGUCAUAAAUAUUAAAUAGGAUACUUUUCAAAUUAUCCCUUUAUUUUUCCAUAAAGUGCAAGAAAUCUUUUGUAUUAAUGAGAAUUCAUUCUCUAAAGUCAUAAUUAUUUUUUUGUAACAUAAAAAAUAAUCCAUGCACUUUAAAUCACAAAAACUUACAUAAAGAAGAAAGAUAUUUGUUGACUUGUUCAACAAUAAAUUUGAAAAUGAUUUUUGGUAAAAAGAAUUAUUAAUCUUUUAGACUCCAAGCCCAUUUUCAAAUCCCAAAACUCUAGUCUGGUCCAUAUAUCUCCUUUUUCACUUUAUAUUCCAAUGGAAUAUUUUAUAAAUGUUUCAUUUUAAAUUUUACAACCAAUCCACUUUGGAUCUUCAUUUCUUAUUCACAACCACUCUAAUUUUAACAUGUGAUUACACUAUUUCAUAGUGAUAGUGCUUUACGAACGUCCCGCAUGGAAACAUACCGGCAAAUGGUCUAAAACCAUUUCGUCAAAAACGAAUUUUAACAAUCCUCCACAUGAAUAGAACUCAAUCUAGACACAUGACAACUCGAUAGACUUGACAUACUUGAUUUCCUAGACAAAACUCAGAAGAAUUUUUGAGAGUACAAGAAAAAGAUCCACUGUAUGAAAAGUUUGUAGCAUUUUUCCAGCUUUGAACCAAUCAUUGUUAAUAGCUAUCAGACUUACUUGAAAAGGUGGUAAACAUAAUGUCUUGAACCCCUCAGACUUUUGACGUAAAUCGAGAUAAUAGCUAAAACACAUCUCAUUUUCUCAUACAACUAGGUUUUCUAUUGGGUUUAUUUUGGCCGUGAACAUGCUUGAUUAAUUAUGAGUGUACUUAGAGAAUAUAGCAUUUUAUUCAUUCUCCAAAACGGUUUCAUUUCACACUCACAAGGUAAUUUGCCAUUAGCUUUUAUUUUAAGAAGUAUCAUGUAAUACUCCAUAGUGCUACCUGAUGAGCGGCCAAUCAUAACCUCGAAUAGCUUCAUAUACACCUGCAUCGUCGCAGGUCUACAACUUCUGACUAAUCCUCCAAGCUGCAACAACUUUAGGCUUGCUCUCCUUCCCACUUGUAGGUAUCGUUUUCUAGAGGAAACGUGCACUAUCACUGUAGUAUUUUCAUUCCUGAUUUAGCUAAGAAAGACACAUUAAAAAAAAA